AUGUCCACUACCUCCACUACCUCCACUACCUCCACUACCUCCACUAUGCCAACCUCCAUUUCAACCAAUUUUAGCAUCCCAACUGAACGACUCCACAUUUCCUACUUUGAGCCAGGAAACCAUUCGCACAGCACAUUUCUUCACCACCUCUGGAAUACAGAUGAAUUCAUCGCGACAGAGGGAAACCUCGGCAUUGAUACACCAGAGAAGGCCGGCGAGUUCAUCACUAUCAAAGUCCAACCCAACUACAAGAAAAAUGGAUAUGGACAAAUGCUUGUGUCUUUGAAACCAUACCCGGGGGCCACAUUGGCCGAGAGCAAACCGAUUGGAAUAGUCACCCUGAUGAAAGGCACUGGUGAGAACGCAUACACAGCGCCUGAUGUAGGAUACACUACUCUACCAGAAGAGAAUGGGAAGGGAUAUGCCACUGAAGCAGCGAUCGGGCUGAUUGCCUAUGCGAAGAGAGAACUCGGUGUGAAUGAGGUAUUUGGGUUCUGUGAUCAUAAUAACAUGCGCAGUCGAAGAGUCUUGGAGAAGAUCGGGAUGGAGUUUCGGGGGGAACGACAUCUCAAAUACUUUGGAGGGGCACAUAGUGCUGUCUAUGCCUUGCCGGGAAUGGGGGAUUUGAAGGAUUAUGGAAUUGAGGAUGUUUGA